CUGCGGCGCCAUGACUUGCAAGCAGUCAAAAGGAGUAAAGAGUAAAGACUGGCGAAGUCUGAUACUGAUUUCACCACCGGAAAAGCACAGAAAUCGCAGAAACUAAUUCAAGAGAAGUGCUCUGAAAAUGGCUGCGGCAACCAACUUAGCAGCAUCCAAAGUUGCGGUGGCCCGGCCGGUGACUUUUGUUACCGGCAACGCCAAGAAGCUGGAAGAAGUUCGCGCCAUUCUCGGCCAAUCGAUUCCAUUUCAGUCCCUCAAGCUCGACCUACCGGAGCUGCAAGGAGAGCCCGAAGAUAUCUCCAAGGAGAAAGCUCGAUUGGCUGCCCUCAAGGUGAAAGGACCCGUCUUGGUGGAGGACACAUGUCUUUGCUUCAAUGCUCUCAAGGGUCUCCCUGGGCCGUACAUUAAGUGGUUUCUGCAGAAGAUCGGGCAUGAAGGUCUAAAUAACAUGUUGAUGGCAUAUGAGGAUAAGUCUGCAUACGCUUUAUGUGCAUUCUCUUUUGCACUCGGACCAGACGUGGAACCUAUAACAUUUGUUGGGAAAACCCCGGGAAAGAUUGUUCCUGCAAGGGGACCGACUGAUUUCGGAUGGGAUCCGAUAUUCCAACCUGAUGGCUUUGAGCAAACAUAUGCAGAGAUGGCUAAGGAAGAGAAGAAUAAAAUAUCUCAUCGGUACAGGGCUCUUGCCAUGGUGAAAGACCACUUUUCUGAAGCUGGCUAUGUGUUUGAUACAGAUGCCUCAACAAAAAGGAAAAGGGAGGGGAAGGAUGUCGCGAAGAACGGAGACGAGAAUGGUGCCAACUGAAGUCCUAGAAAGGAAGGAAGGAAGGAGAGGAGGAACGGUAAGGUGUUUGUUAGUUAGUUAGUUAGGAGCCUUUUUUGGUACACCAUCGAGUAGGGCAAAGUGGAAGCUGCUGCUUUAUAUCUCUGCUUCCAAUGAGAGAGGUGAUCAAGCUGGCCGGUUGGUUUGAGUUCUGCUACUUAUAUCGGAAGUUAAGAGGGAUCAUGGUGUAUGGGCAAAUUAACCACAUGUUUGGUAAUUGUUACUCUAUAAUAUGAUGAACUAGAAGCAACAACAACCUCAUGGUCUUCCCUUCUGAAGAGCAAAUACCAAAGGCCCAAUCGAAGGAUAAGCACUUUUUUUUUUAUCAAUGGGUGGCACUGUUUCAAACCGAUGAAAAAUUAUAUAGUAAUAAUUUGGGUAAUGAGAUUUAUUAGCCAAAUUUUUUUUAGAUUUUUUUUUAUUAGUCAAACUUAUCAAAAUACUAAUAAUUAGUCAAAUGUUAACUUUCAGUUGGCAAUUUUGUUAGUAAUAUUAUUUGGGCAACAUGAUACUGACUUAGAACAGACACAUGAAGGUUAAUUUUCAAAAUUUUAGUAUUUAACUAACAAAAGAGUUACAAAAUUAUUAAUGAUAACGCUAAAAUGGCUAAUAUUUUGAUGCAUUACGAAAGAUUUGGCUAAUUAAUAAUAUUUUAAUAGGUUUGGAUAAUAUAAAAUAAUUUGAAAAAGUUUGGAUAAAAAAUAGGCAUUACCCUAAUAAUUUUAACCAUUAGUAUUGGAUUAAUUGAUUUCAUUUGGUUAAAAUUGUUACCAAAUUGAUUUAGGGUGUGUUUGAAUAGAGUGAUUUGGAUUUUUAAAUGUCAAAGCAUUUGUUUGGUUAUUACUUACAUUUGGUAUUUGGAUUGUGCUAAAUCCUGCCAUCUAUCGCGACGAAGCCUCUUCGUCGCCAAAUCCAACCCAUGUCGCCGCCGCCAGCCCUCUUCGUCGGCUUCCCUCAUCGCCUGCCAUUUAUCGCGGCGAAGCCUCUUCGUCGCAAACCCAUCGAGAGGAAGCAAUCGUGUCAUCUGCUAAAGGGGGGAGGGGGGGGGGGAGUUCAGCGGGUUCUUCGAGUUCUACUAACAGACCCAUCGAGAGGUGCAAGCACAAUGUUCCAUGUAUUGUGCAGAUGUCGAGAAUAAAGGACAAUUCGGGGAGAAUGUUUUAUUCCUGCCCGUAUUGACAGGUAUGGUUUUCGAUAAGUCUCAAUUUGUUGCCGAAAUGGUAUUCUUCUUUAAAUUUAAUCAAGUUCCUUCAUGUAGGAUGCUAAGAAAGGUUGUCGUCAUUUUAAGUGGUGUGAUCGGAGAAUAUCAGCAAAUUCAAGUGUGCUUGAAUCUUUUAUGGAGGAGAAUGCGCUGUUGAAAUCGAGAAUCUGUGAGAUGGAAGCUGAGAUUGUCACUUUAACUCAAGGAUUUGAAUGUCGUAUUAGUGAUGUUGAAGAGAAGGUUGAGAAGAGGAAGAAAAAAAGUUUGAUAUGGCCGAAGAGUUUGAAAGAAUUUAUGCUACAAGUGCUCGCAGCUGUCUUGAAUUGGAGAAUUUGGGGCAUACUGUUUGUAAACUUUAGAGUAGGGUGAAUCAUUGUUAUAUCGGUAUUAGUUUGUUGUGUGUUUUGUACUCUAUCAGUUGGCUCCUACGUGGGUAAAACGUGUGUAAUGCAGUAAUGCAGCUAGUUUGAUGGUAGUAGUUGUCGAGUUAGCUUGUAAUGCAGUGAAGUUCAACUUUUUUAGAUUGUAAUGCAUUGAAGUUCUAGUUUGUUAGAUUGUAAUGCAUUGAAGCUAAAGUUUGUUUGCUUGUAAUCCAGUGAAGAUGUAGUUUGUUUGCUUGUGGAUAUCAUAACCUGGAAACAAGUUCAUGAACACAAACGCACACUUUCGUAACCUGAAUUCAGCAUGAACACAAGUUCAUAACAUGGAAACAACUUCUAUAUCCUGGAAACAAGUUCAUGAACACAACUACACAGGUUAAUGUCUAAAAAUAGCAUAAACCAUGUUCCAUAAU